GCAAUAGGUACGUGACUGCACAUGCACUGACAAACGGAUGGCUACAAUUGCAAGGGCUUUUCAUGGCGGGUUCAUGGCGGCCGAUGGCGGCGGAUAUGGCCAGCUGGUCAUGACUGACGAGCUCCUACCAAGGACCUAGUCGUCUAUAUAUAGAAGCACAAGAGGGAGUGUGCCCACUGCCUUCGAUGAAGCAACGAAUCCUUGGCGGCACAGUUCCUGCCAUGGUGGAAUGUGUUAGGAUUGGGGGUUUGGCCAAGCCUUUUAUGGGCGGAAGCAGGGGGCGGGCAGGGGGCAAGGAGCGGCUAGUUGCAGGAGGCGGUACUGGAGGUGGUUUUCAUGAGCUGCUUUAACAUUUGCUUUAUACAGACCCUUUAGUAGCAAUCACUCUUUUUGAGCUGCAUAAGCAAGGGUCGCUCGGGGGACGCUCCUGCAAGAGUCACGAGUCACAUUUCUUUUUAGCUGGUUCUUUAGUCCACUGCGCGGCACCAUGGCUGAUUCCGGAAUUUAUCCCUGCUUUGGUGGCAAGUUUGACAUAGAUGUACUAAAGCAGUGCAUUCCUGAGCCUUGGAAGCAUUUGAGAACGAAGAAGCAGUUCCUCAGAGAUGCCAAACAGUGCUACCGCGAAGCCUGGAAGGAGGCAAAGAAACAGAAGAAAGGGACGGCGAUACCCCAUGAGAAACAAGUGAGGGCGGGUAAAUUCACGCUGACCAUACAAGUAACAAAGCCGGAACCACGGUCCUGGAACAUGUGGUGGACAUACCGGUGGAAACCAUUGUUCACGGUUGCUUUUUUAAUCAACAUAUUGGCGCUAGCCUUCUCUAUUGCAGGAUGCGUUUCAGACAAGUGGGGGAAAAUAGGUUCCGUUACUGUUGCAGGUGCGACUCUAAUUGAUUUCGUAUGUUUGGCUCUUGCUCAGAUGUUCAAGAGUCCAGUUGCAUCUUAUGAAUUAGUCAUUCCAAAAUAGAAAUUGCUCCGACUGCCUUCGUUUCGCUCUCAACUUUGAUCCUUGACUGGCACACAAUUGUCUGUUGUUGACGAGACCCCAAUUAGCGCAUGCAUCUUGAAUGCGGGUCGCUGCGAAUGCCUCGGGUCAAAGCAGGAAGCCAGCCUUUCUGAUUUGACGUCAAGGAUUGAAGCGCACAGUAAAUCACGGUGAUUUCGAAGCAGGAAUUAAAAGCCGUGGUCAGAGCUUUGAUAUGAGCCUCAUUGAAUCCGAUAUGGCCGUGC